AAUCGAACGCAUCCGGGGGAGGCGUGACUGGUACAUUUGUUCCCCUGUUUGUUUUAAAUCGUGAAGAGCUCUCGCUUGACAUUACAAACCUGUCACUUGUCUCCGCACACACACACACACCCACACACACUCUCACACACAUUCACCCAGACGCUGAACACACGACCGUCACAGGUACGAUGGAGUGCUGCUGUGGUUUAGUGACUACUGAGAAGGAACCAGUUCCUCUGAAGAGCAUCGAGGUGGAGCUGGAGGUGAGGGACCACGUGGCCACGGUGGUCUCCACUCUGCUCUACGAGAACAAGGAGGACAAACCCAUAGAGGCCGUGUUCGUCUUCCCUCUGCCCGGAGACGCCGCCGUCUGUCACUUCAGUGCCACGAUCGGUCAGACGCAGAUUGUAGCCGAGGUGAAGGAGAAACAGGAGGCUCGCGAGGAGUAUGACGACGCGCUGAGCUCCGGUCAGCAGGCCUUCCUGUUGGAGGAGAGCGAGCAGAGUCCGGACAUAUUCACUCUGAGUGUGGGCAGCCUGCCCCCGGGAGAGAGCGCCUCCAUCAGGCUGGAGUACGUCACUGAGCUGGCCGUGCAGGCCGACGACGGCCUGAGGUUUUGUCUGCCUGCCGUGCUCAACCCUCGCUACCGACCUCAGGGUAGUGAAGAUGCUGGCGUCCAGGUGACCUCUGUUCCAGCAUCUCUGGUUCCCUACAGUCUGUCGUUCUCUGCCCGAGUGUCCUCUCCUCGUCCCGUCUCCAAAGUCGAGUCCAGCUGCUCGCUGGAGCCUCUCCAGUACCUCGACACGGAGCAGACCCAGGCCACGGUCAAGUUGGCUGCAGGACACAAGUUCGACCGAGACGUCGAACUGCUGAUUUAUUACAAAGAUGCCCACCGGCCCACUGCGGUGGUGGAGGCGGGACAGGCCUCUGCCAAACCUGGGACUCUGAUGGCAGAUCCAGUGGUGAUGCUGAGCCUGUACCCUGAGUUCCCCCAGUCGGUGAUGUCCUCAAUGGCCUCCUGUGGAGAGUUUGUGCUCCUGCUGGACCGAUCGGGGAGUAUGGAUUGUCCAACCACUGAGACCAGGCAGCAAGAAACUCGAAUUGGCAGCGCGAGGGACACUCUACUGCUCCUGUUGAAGAGCUUACCGAUGGGCUGCUACUUCAACAUCUACAGCUUCGGGUCCGGCUACGAACACGUCUUCCCUCAGAGUGUGGAGUACAGUGAGAAGACCUUGGAAGAGGCUCUGAAGAAAGUUGAGGGGAUGGAGGCUGACCUGGGAGGAACAGAGAUCCUUCAGCCCCUGAAACAUAUUUACAGCCAGUCCUGCAUUCCUAAACAACCUAGACAACUUUUUGUCUUCACUGACGGAGAGGUGUUCAACACCAAAGAGGUGAUAGACCUGGUGAAGAAGAAUUCCGGUUCCCACAGGUGUUUCUCUUUUGGGAUCGGAGAAGGAGCCAGCACUGCUCUCAUCAAUGGCUUGGCCAAGGAAGGAGGAGGUCACGCUCAGUUCAUCACAGGGACGGACAGGAUGCAGCCUAAAGUGAUGCAGUCGCUGCGCUUCGCUCUGCAGCCGGCAGUGGAGGACGUCUCGGUCACGUGGAGUGUGCCCAAGGGCGUGUCUGUCACCGUUCUCUCUCCGCCAAUCACGGCCAUUUUCCAGGGUCAGAGGUCACUGAUUUACGCCCAGCUCAGCGGACAGAGUUCGGCGGCAGCAGAGGGCUGCGUGACGGUGAAGUACAGCCUGGCGGCUCAUCCCUCGCAGAACCAACUCCGCUUCAGUCUGAAACCUGCAGUGGACUCUGGGCUGACGGUCCACAGGUUGGCCGCCCGGACCCUGAUUCGUUCCCUGGAGGGGGAGCAGAGAGACGACGAGGGGCCACGCGACGACGAGGCGGCGAAGGAGAAGAAGAAGAAGGUGGUGGAGCUCAGCGUCCAAUCGGGGGUGAGCAGCUCCUUCACCGCCUUCAUCGCUGUGAGGAAAGGCGACGGCGAGCCCAGUAAAGGACCUCUGCAGCGCAGAAAUGUUCCGACGCCCCGGUUUCAAUCGAUGCCGCGAGUUGCUUACUGUAUGAUGUCACAACCUCUUUGCCUAAUGUCUUCUCCUGCAGCGAGCUUCAGUGGGAUGCCACACUAUCAAAUGUUACGAGGCGGCGGCGCCAUGUAUGACAUGAUGGAGUUUGAAGACAGUUACCAGCUUUGCGAGGACAAAGGCUGUGGUGUGAUGCAAAGCCUGACACAAGGCGGUCAUCGCGCUAACAUGUCUCUUCGUGGAGGCGGCGUCGACACUUCUGGCCUGAUGGAGUUUGGCGACAGUGACGAGCUGUGCAGUGAUGAAGACUCAGAUGCGGUUGAGGUCGCCGCAUCCAAGCCGCCGCCCAGAGACCCUCUGCUGCAGCUGGUCUCCCUCCAGAAGGCGUCCGGCUGCUGGCUGCUCCACCCGGCUCUGGCUGCUGCGCUGGGGAAGACCAGCGAGGAGACGGAGAAAACUAAACCUUCCGCUGCGAACCAGGAUGUGUGGGCCACCAUUCUGGCUCUCAUCUGGCUUCAUGGUGUCAAGCUGGACGCCAAGGAGGAGUGGGAGCUUCUGGCCAUGAAGGCCACGUCCUGGCUCCGCGCUCAGAAAGCAACGUGCGUGGCGGAGUGUGUGGCAGCUGGAAACACACUGUUGGGCUGCAGCGUGCAGAAAGACGUCCUCGGCCUCUAAAGGGUUUCAUGAAUCUGGCUCAAGUUUGGUUCACCGGUGACAUUUAGGUUCAUCUAGAUACGUUGACAUAUCGCAGCAACGGGCAGAAGAGGCGCGGCCUCUUCGUAUAUGUGUUUACCUCUUAUAUAAAGUCAUUGAUUGAGCAGAUUUAUUCCAUCCAUAUAAACAUUUAUUUUGCACGUUAUCCUUUGCACUAUAUCUGCUUAAAAAACUAUUGUGGCCUUAAGUGUAUUUGCACUCUGCUUCAUCUGUUCAGGAUCAUCAGCCAUGUAACGAGACAAAGACCUGUUCUUCUGUUUGAUCCUUUGACGUCGGUGUUUUAUCCGAAACAUUAAAAGAUGCCUGAAACUGGA